AUGAAGAGGAACAGCCUUCUGCAGGAGUCAGGUUUGUCUGUCUCGCUGUUGAUAUCUAGCACCAGAAAAUCAGAGAAAGUUAUUGAGAUCAUGCCGCAUAAAUGGGAGAAUGACUGGAAAAAGAGCAGCACCACCAGCUCUCUGAAGAUGGAUCGAAAGAACAAUGCUGGGAACAGGAAGUCAAGAAAGUUUCGCUCCAUUUCAAGAUCGCUCAUACUUUGCAAUGCCAAAAACAGUGACGAUGGGUCAAGUCCUGAUGAGAAAUGCCCUGAUUCCUUUGAGAUCUCUACCAGCUGGGGUCAAGGGGAUUUUGACUGCUGUCCUAGAACACAACUGCCAUGCACAUCAGAGACAGAAGACAGCCCACCUGAUCCUCCGCGGGUGAUCACCAGCAUGGUCCAGUCCAAAGCUGCAGCAAAUGAGAACUGCAACAACAUGAGAAAGAAGUUACUCACCAAGGACAGCUGCAUCUGCAGGCUGUGUACCAGCUCAGCCAUCAAGAUCUCUAGGAGUCCGAACUGUGCAUCUCUUUGGAAAGGGUUCACAGGCAGCCAGGUGUCUUCUGGAGAUACAGCAAACAGGGAUGGUCAUCUGAGCCCAAGGGAUGAACUGUUAACACUAAAUGGACAAUCACUUAAAGAUCUGCCCAGUAAGGAGGCUGAAGCUCUCAUUCACCCAACACGGCUGGAAACACCAACCUGUAAGGAAAAGCCUCUGGAGAUACAGAAUGGUUUUCUGCACGGUAAAGCUGCGUGUCAACGCACUCGCAGUAACUCAACCAGUGUAAACCCAUACUGGGUAGGGGAGAUGGACUGCACAGCACCCCGGAGAGCCGUGCCCUUCAGAGACCGGCAGCCCCACACUCUCCACACCAGCCGCAAAUCUCUGUCUCAACAGCUGGACUGCUCUGGAGGGAGAAACCCAGCAAUUUCGAGGCCAUCUAGAUCACUAAGUACAGCACAGCUAGUGCACACAUCCUGUGGCUCACAGGCUUCAGUAAUCUCAAACAUCGUGUUGAUGAAAGGACAAGGAAAGGGUUUGGGCUUCAGUAUUGUUGGAGGGAAAGACAGCAUUUACGGACCAAUAGGCAUCUAUGUCAAAACCAUCUUUCCUGGUGGAGCUGCUGCUGCUGAUGGAAGGUUACAAGAAGGUGAUGAAAUCCUGGAACUGAAUGGAGAAUCCAUGCAUGGAUUAACACAUUACGAUGCUUUACAAAAAUUCAAGGCCAAAAAGGGUCUUCUCACACUUACAGUCAGGACAAGCUUCAGCACACCUCAUUCUGCUUCCAGUUGUCUGUCGCCCCACUUGUGUCAGUCACUGAGCUCCACUACAUGCAUAACCAAAGAAAACAGCUCUUUCAGUUCAGAAAGUGCAACAUUCUCAUUAAAUGCUACAAAGCCCAAUGACAGGGUCAUAAUGGAAGUUACCCUAAACAAAGAACCAGGUGUUGGCCUUGGAAUCGGGUUAUGUAGCAUCCCUUACUUCCAGUGUAUUUCAGGGAUUUUUAUUCACACUCUCUCACCAGGUUCAGUGGCACACAUGGAUGGGAGACUCAGGUGUGGAGAUGAAAUUAUUGAAAUUAAUGAAGCCUCAGUACAAAAUAUGACUCUUAAUGAAGUUUAUGCUGUGCUAAGCCAUUGCGAUCCUGGUGCAGUGCAGAUUAUUAUCAGCAGACACCCUGAACCACAGGUGUCUGAGCAACAGCUAAAAGAAGCUGUAGCACAAGCAGUGGAAAGCAACAGGUUCGGAAAGGAGAGACACCAGUGGAGUACUGAAGGUGUUAAGAAACUAGAAACGAGCUGGCAUGGAAGACACCCGUGUGAGAAACAUAUAGAAAGGAAUUCUGCUCAUUGCAACCGCAGGACGCAGAAGCUAAUGAUCCGCUCCAGCAGUGACAGCAGCUACAACCCUAGGUCCUCGUGUAGUAAUGGUGCUGUGUUCCAACUGACUGACUUGAAAGCACGAGUACAUAGCAUCGAUGUACCAAUCACCAGGCAGCCUGGCCUGCUGUACUCAUUCUCUGGCAACAAUUCAGAGAGCAAUUCCCCUCCUACUUGUAGUGAGGGAGGUCGACCCUCACAAAACACUAAGAAAUCAUCAGAGAUCUUCGUUAGAAAACCUAAAUCAUCAAAGCCCAAACCUCCACCAAGGAAAUACUUUAAGCAGGACUGUACAUGUAAUGACCAGUGUAAUGCAGACAGAAAAGAAAAGCUGGUAUCAGAAGUGGCUAUAUCAGAAGUGGCUAUAUCACCUUCUGCAAAUGUUCAGGUAAAGCGGGAACCAAUGCUAGAGGGACAUCAAACCGAUGUAACCCGCAGUGCCUUUACCACUUCUCCUGCAGCACACGAUACUGAGCACAUAACUGCUGCUCCAGCGGGCAGAGAUCAAGAAAGAAAAGCAAACUUAGGGAAUCCACUUUCAUCAAUACAAAGGCCUAUACUUAAAAGACAAGCACGAGUAGAUUAUAGUCUUGAUACAACAACUGAAGACCCUUGGGUUAAAAUUUCUGACUGCAUAAAAAGUUUAUUUAAUCCUACCAUGAGCGAAGAUAACGUCCACUUAGAUUUGCAACCUGGCAUCCACACAAACAAGGAGAAUCAAAAUCAAAGCAGCUCAGAGACAGUUCUGAAGAAAUCAGAAUCAGAAAUAGUUGGUUCAAAAGUGCUCAAACCAGAAGAAAAUGACAGUGUGAAAAAGGGUCCUCCUGUUGCACCUAAGCCAGCCUGGUUUCGCCAGAGCCUGAAAGGACUGAGGAAAGCAAAUUCAGAUCUAAAAACACAGGCAGACCAAAGUCCUCCUGACCUUGAGAGUAUUUCCAGCAGAGAACUACACUCCAGCUUAUCCCGUGUCUCUACCAGGGGAUCAUCAAUAAAACAAAGAAUAAGCUCAUUUGAAUCCUUGAGUGCUCCACAGUCACCUGAAAAGACACACCGAAGGUUCAGCCUGAAACCAUCGGUCCAGAAAGAACACUCUCCCACUGCAACAGGGUCAGAAGUGGCUCCAGCCCAUUUAAAACAAGCCUUUCUCCAGCAUUGUGAAAAUGGCCAACAACAGCCCAAGUCAUCUGUGGUAAUGGUUACAAAGAGCCUGGAUAGAUCUUCCUCUCCCAGGGAGGUCCUUGCAGCUGGCUCAGAGAAAAGCAACAACAUCAACACUGAAAAUUCCUUAGGUCUCUUAACUACCGAAGCCAUUGCAACUUCCUAUCUUGUACCGGUGGCAAAAGCACACAGCCUAAGAUCACGAAGCUUCCCACUUACUGCUACCCAGACUUGUGAGAUGAUGAAGACAUACGAUGAAAAGUGUAGCAAAAUCUACUCCAUCAGCAACCAAGUGUCAUCUGCUUUAAUGAAAUCUUUGCUCUGCCUUCCUCAGUCUCCAGCCUCUUCUGCAAACAGCACAUGGGACACAUCGGACACAUUGUCUCAGUCCUCUGUGGAGGAGGAUGGGAUUUCUCUCUCACACAUAAGUGAGAAUCAUCACCUGGACACUGGGUUUUCGCUAAACCUCUCUGAGUUGAGAGAUUAUACUGUGAGCCUCGCAGACAAUGAGAAAGAGGAAGAGAAACAGGAAUGCAGCUCACCUCAAGCGUCUGGUGUGUCAGGGCAGUCCGUCAUCUCUCUGCUUUCCCCUGAAGAGUUAGCAAAACUUAUAGAGGAAGUCAAAUCAUUAGAUGAAGCAACCUUAAAGGAAUUUGAUGAUAUUCAUGUUACAAUUUUGCAUAAAGAAGAAGAUACCGGGCUUGGAUUCAGCCUGGCAGGGGGCAUUGAUCUAGAAAACAAAGUGGUAACAGUAAGUAGCAUCUUUCUCAAAAAAAUACUCCAAAAACAACUAUCUAAAAAUAG